GGUCACAACCUCUGACCUUUAUUCCUGUCUGCCUCAACGGAUUGAUAUUUGGCGCUUUUCCUAGGUAUAUUUCAUCAAUAUUCUAUCGGUAAAAAGUUACCAACUGCAUGGCUUCCCUUGAGGAAGUUCAUCGAAGUACUGCAAGUGGGGAGCAAUCUGAUCCCUCGAUUUUAACCAUGGAAAACAGUGUUGCAGGAGUCAACUCGGAUAAUGUUAUCCAUAUUGUUAAUUCUAAUAUGGGUGGAACAAAUACAGUAACAUUGCCAACUUUAACCAUACAACAAGGAAAUCUGGCAAUACCAGUCAGUAUCAGCCAGCAAGUUCAGCAACUGAACACAAAUGCCUCUCCUGUAGUUGUGUCGACCAUGAAUCCUACCGAUUUAGCGGCCCGUUUAAAAGAGGGAGCCUUACCUACACAAGUAGUACAGGUGCCUGCCGGUUCUCUAUCAUCCAUAGAUUGGGCAUCAAAAUUAAAGGAACUACAGCAUGCCCAGAGGUUAGAAAGAUUAAGAGAAGAACAAGCCACAGUGCGAGAUAAAAUGUCUAUAAAGUUGUCCAAUCAGAAGUUUGAUCCAUGUUCUGUAUGUGGAGAUUCAGCUUCAGGCCGACAUUAUGGUGCAAUAAGUUGUGAGGGAUGUAAAGGUUUCUUUAAAAGAAGCGUACGAAAACAACUUGGUUACGCAUGUCGAGGUAACAAAGAUUGCCCGGUGAACAAAUUACACAGAAACCGAUGUCAGUAUUGUAGAUUACAGAAAUGUUUGGCAGUUGGAAUGAGAUCUGAAUCUGUACAGUCAGAACGUAAACCCCAUGAGCAUGAAAAAGAAAAGAUGCAACAAACAGUUGCUACUUCCACACAAAGAAUCUACAUUCGAAAAGAUUUUAGCAGUCCGUCUGCAGCCAUAGCUACAUUUGCUCCUAAGCAAGAAGAUGGAGAAAAAUCAAACCGUAGUUUACUGGCAAAUCUUCAAGAACGAGUUAUACAAACAGAUCAAGGCAUGGUUUUAUUACCAUCUUCACACACCACAGCUAAUACAGAUCUGAGUACAUUAGCUAGCGUGGUGACAACUCUGGCUACUAUGGAACAGAAAGAAGGUGAACAGAAUCUGACUUUUAAUAAUAUUGGUGAAGCUGUACAGAUUUCAGAACAACAUAAUAAUACAGAUACAGCUGAUACUGUAGCUAGAGCAUUUGAUACAUUAGCUAAAGCUAUCCAACCAAAUAGUGGACAGCCUACUUCAAGUUCUUUAGAUCAGUCUGUAUCAGAUACAAGUAUGGACCAUUCUGGUGUAGAAUCAAUAGAUAAUUCAUAUGUUAUUGAUAUUGAUGGAACUGUUUUAUCUGAAGCUAAUUUUCAGUUUAAUUUGAUGACUCCAUCACCAAUGCCAGCCUAUUUAAAUGUACAUUUUGUUUGUGAAAGUGCUUCAAGACUGCUCUUUCUUUCCAUGCACUGGACACGUUCAAUAAGUGCUUUUCAGAUUAUCAACCCUGAUCUCCAGACUACUUUGGUGCGAGCCUGUUGGAGUGAACUAUUUACACUAGGUCUCGCUCAGUGUUCUAGUGCCAUGUGCCUUCCAACAUUACUGGCGGCCAUACUGAAUCAUUUACAGUCAAGUUUAUUGCAAGAUAAAGGUGGUACCGACCGUGUUAAAAUAACUAUAGAACAUAUCAUAAGAUUACAAGAUUAUAUAAAUGCCAUGCAGUCCUUACAAUUAACACCUGCUGAGUACGCUUAUCUUAAAGCACUGGUUCUUUUUCAACCUGAUAAUCCUAAUAUUAUUAACAAGAAACAAGUAGAGAGAUUACAAGAGAAAGUAGAGAAAGAAUUUGUUCAGCAUAUAAGCUGUUCCUCGUCGGCUGUAUCAGACAGAAUUUGUCAUCUCUUGUUGCGAUUACAGCCUCUAAAGGCUUUUAACCCUAACAUUAUGGAGGAAUUAUUUUUCUCUGGCCUAAUCGGAAACGUGCAGAUCGACAGCAUAAUUCCUUAUAUUUUACGGAUGGAAACCGCAGAAUAUAAUCUACAGAUGACUGGAGGCGGAAUCUUCAGCCAAACAACCACCUCCACACAGAGUUCUGAUUAUUCUUCAAGUCAAAAUAUGAACGGUGUUCCAACCACAGUAACAAAUUUAAUAUCUCCUGACUUUGGUGUGAACAUUUCCACGGGACAAAUGACAAGUGUUCCGGCACAGGGAUAUGUAACAACUAGCUCCUAGAGCUUUUUAUAACCUGUGCCAUUGGGUUUUUUUAUUUUAGAAAACUUUAACAGAAGAAGAAUAUUAUGACAAUAUUUCGAUUAUAAUGGGGUUGAAAAUUUUUAUCUUGCGUUGAUAAUAUAUGUUUUAAAGUGUCAAAAGUGCUAUUUGAUUUAUAUUUAUGUAAUUAUGAUGUUCUCUAGAUAUUUUUCCUCUCCUGUGAUAAUUUGGAGAUAAAAAACGAUUUUUAUAUGCCCAUGUUUUAAUGUGGUCUUAUGUUGCCGUCAUUCUGUCUGCCCAUCCGCCGCCUGUCUAUCAUUCAUAUUACUUGUUUGCACUAUAGAGGCUUCGAUAAUCUUGGAUAUAUCUUAUUGAAGUAUAUAUUAUAAUCAUAUGGGUUCUGUAUCUUAUUGAAAUUGAUUUUCAACUUUUUUUUUGGAUAAUCACCCACAGGAUAUUAUGUCCCUUCGGUAUGAAAAUCUUUCAUUCAAAUUUGUUUCUAGUACACUAUAUGCUACAAUAAUCAUCAUAUCUUUUUGAAAUUUAUAUGAAAUCUGUAUGAGUUGUUUAACUUAUUCAAUAGAAUCCUUUUAAGAUUUAUAUGGGCUGUCUUAUUUCAUAAAAAUGAAGAAGCCUAUUGAUUUUUAAUAAUCACCCCUAGAAUUAAAUCUUAUACUUUAUAGGCAGCAGUCAUUAACCUACAUUUCUGAAAUGUAUGUGGUUGUCUAUCCUAUUGAAUGGAAGAACCUAUUUCAUCUUUAUCGAUUCUUAAUAAUAAUAACAUCAAGAGUUAUUACCCUUUGUUACAAAAUUUUGCCAGCCCCUUAGAGGCUUCAGUUAUGAUCUGAUUUUGGUUCACCUCAGAAGUGCUUGGACGACUUAGCUACCAGUGGACAUGUUUUGUUGCCUGGGGUAUUUUUUUAUUUUACUCAGACGGAAAGAAUGACAUAAUAUGGCUACUGCAGGGUUAAAAUUUUGGAUUUUGGCAGCUAGAUUUUAUAAUGAUUGAUAGAUAUGGUAUGAGUUUGUUUGAUAUAACCAUUGUCUGUAACUUAGAUUACUACUUGUGGACAAAUAGUGUCUGGAUGAUCAUGUCUACUAUAUAGUUCUAUUACCAAUCGACACAAUAGCAUGUUGACAACCAGUCAAAUGUAUAGUCCAUGCACAGAGAUAGAUCUGUUGAAAAUAUUUGAUUGUGUUUAACUCUGAUCAGUAGUAAUAUAAAGUUGUAGAUUAUCGUUAUACCAAGAUACACAUCAAGGUACAUUUUGAGAAGAGUAAAUGUGUAUAGUUCUCUCAUAAUAUUAUAAUUAUUAUUAUAUAUUAGUGGAUGUGCUGUGUACUGCAUAUUACCUUAGAAUAAAUAUAACUUGUGCUUAUAAAAUGGUAAAAGUCUUCAAGUAUCAGACUUUCACUAUCUAAAAUAUUUUCUUUAAAUCAGUUUAUGAAAACAUUUAUAACAUUUCUUGGAGAUUAAAUAUUGAGAUUAAUUAGAAGGAUACAUAUUCUUUAAUACAUAAAAAAGCAUUUACAUUUUUUUUUGUCAUGUUUUGUUUAAUUCUUCUAAAUAUAGAUUUCUCCAGGCCUAAAAAUUACCAGCAAUAUCGGAAUUUGAAUUGCUGAUAGAUUUUCUUCAGCCUUAAAACUCUGAAUCCUGAAGGAAUCUUUCAGCUUUUCACACAUACAGUACAGUUUUGCUAACAAAUUGUUUUAACUAUAGCUUCUAUCAAAUUUAAUACAAAUCCAAAUGUUUUUAUAAUAUGAUAUUUAAGUUCUCUAUUCAGAAAAUAUGUCGUAAACCCUUCAUACUUAAGGCAAAUUUGAAUAGAUUUUGUGUAAAUCUGAAAAAUUUAGGCUUUGUAAUCACUAUAAAAAGUUCAUUGCAUUCUCUUAACUGAACAGAAGACUUCUUUCAUUUAUUCAGAUAAUCAUAAUUUAACUGUAUUGUUUAGUUGUUUCCAUGACAUGGGUAUUGGUGAAUUGACAUUUAGCAAGACAAAAGUAAUCUCAUUUGCAUGAUUCAUUAUCAUUAUGUAAUUGCUAAAAGCAUAAACACAACAAUAACUAAGUUCUGCUAUACUUUAUAUAUGAUAAGAUUCUGUAUAAAUAGUUAUACAUGUAUGCUGUGUUCUGGUCAAACUGUCAGUCCAAAAUUCCAUUUUCAUCAAAUCUUUUAGAAAUAUAUAUCAUUGUAUUGUCACAUAAUAAGGCAAAGAAGAUUAUUUGAUUUCAACAAUUGUAGAUAUUUACUUGUGUUGUUUUGGCUCUGCCUGCUGAAUAAUAUAUGUUUUUAAUCUGACAUUGAUAUACCAAAAACACCUUGAUCUUCAAAGAAAUUAUCAGUGAGCAGAAAUUUGCCUGUGUAUAUGUUAUCGCUCGUUACUUCAGUCAGUUAUAUAGGAGGAUAACUCAUGUGUUUCUUUUCCUUUCGUCACUUCCCUUUCUUAAAAUCUUCGUUACAAUUAUAUUGAGCAAUGAUCUCUGUGUUAAAAUUUUUAUUUGGAACGUGUUUAACCAGGUCUAUCACAUGUGAUUGUGUCUGACACCAAUAUUGUCUUUAAGUUACUAGUGAGCAAAUGUGUUUUUAUCGUUGACUGGCAACCUAUUUUAUUGGAUUAUAUUACAUUUCUCAUACAAUGUUUUUGUAAUGUGUAUCAUCAAUGUAUAAAAUUUAAAUGAUUUAAAAUACAGUUUUAUUUGAAAAAGAUUAAAUCUUUAAAAUUUUUGAAUACAUGAAUACUGUGUUAUGGAAUAAAAGAGCACCAGAAAAUGUGCCUAGUUAACAAUUAAAUAUGACAUUCAUCUCCAAGAGUAACUUCUAUUUGUAUUCCAUUGAUAUAUCUUUUAACUUAGUAGUUUUAGAUUAAUAACUAGAGUGACAGUUCCACUACAUAUUAACAAAUAUAUAAACAUGUAUAAAAGAAUGCUUUGAUUUAUUGACCCAUGUUGAAACUUGAAAGGUCAUCCGCUGCGCAUCUCAUUGAUUGAAGAAGACUAUUCAAUCACUAUUAAACUUCUUUGUAAUGAUGGUAUUGUUUUUUAACAGUUUUCUAAAAAUGUAUAUAUUAUUAUUAAGAUGUAAAAAUCUUGUUAUCAAAAAGAGGAAUCAACAAAUUGUAAUAUAUUAUUAUUAUUUUAUUAUAUAAACAUGUUUAUCAUUAUUAUUUUAUUAUAUUGUUGUGUGUAUGUAUUGUUCUCCACAUAUCCAAGAUAAAAACUUGGCUAAACUAUAUAUCUAUCUUAUUAUAUAUCUUAAUUAAUUUAAUUUGGACCACAAGAUAUCUAAAUAUUCUCUGAUAAAUUGUCACAGUUGCACAGAAAUUUAGAUUUAUGUUGAUCUACUUUCAGGACUAGUCAAUUUCUUGUCUUAUAGUAUCAAGAUAAUUCACAUGAGAAAUGGGCAUGAUCGGCUUGGAAUUAAGGUUUUUUAACAUUUCUAUGAAAAUUACAAGUUUAUUGCUGUACUCAUUAAAAAAAAAACUAAGGUUUUAAACUCAACAUUAUUUAUGUUAGUAAUUUUGGUGGCAUUCUUAAGACCUAUAUAAAGACUUUCAAUGUUAUGAAUUUGAGAGUGUUCAUGAGUUAUUAGUAAAGGAUAAUUGUUUCACAGAUUGGGUUUUUUUUCAAUAAUUAUUUUGAUACUAAGAUCAAAUCAAGUGUUCAAAAUUUUUAGGUGAUUUUACAUUCUGAUUUAUCAAUGAAUUCAAAUGCCAGAGUGUAUGAUUCUUUGUCAAUAGAAAAUUCAUAAGUAAAACUUGUAUAUAGAAACACUAAAGGAUAUUAACUCAUCAUUUUUUUUAAAUAGGAGCUAAACCUGUUAUUAUUGAGCCAGUUUGUAGCUGUAUAUAUUAAGCCUUCAAGUAUUCUAUGUUAAUAUUUAAUAUCAUUGUUAUAUUUUGUUGUCAUGAAAUUAUUUUUUUUAGGAUCUAAGAAAAUGGUUCGUUAAGGAAAUUAGGCAUUGAAGUAAAAUUAAGGUGAUGAUAAGACUUUGUGGAAACAAAUAUUAUGUGAUGCACUUAAUAAUAGUGUAAUUUAAUUAAGUGGUUGACAUUUUACUAACACACAAGUUUUAAAAUUAAAAUUCAGUCCUUAUAAGAAAUAUUACCAUACCAUUAAAGGUUUUUUAGGACAACAUGUAAGUAAAGAAUCUCUUUUAAUAUAUGAAAUAUAUCACUACCAUACCAUAUAUAAGGUCUACCAAAAUAUGAAAUCACAAUUUUCCAACAUUAUGGAUUUGAUAAAGUUUAUGAGUGUAUGCACCUUAAUUUAUAAAAAUGUGGUCUUAUAGAAGUAAAAAAAAAGGUGACAUUGCUAUGUUUUAGGGAUCCACCCUUUUUCAGACUCCAUGAUGGAAAUACUAGUAUACAUGUAUAAUUAACAAACAACUUCACAAUUGAUUGAUGCACUUACAUUUGAAUGAUACACCUGUGUACUAUUAUUUUACCCAUUUGAUAUUAAAACAUCCAUUUCAUAAUAUUUAAUAUGUUACAUAUCUUAAUGUCACGUGUUUUAUAAAGCAUAUUGAUUUUAUCUGGUAAUUGUUUUGUUAAUAAUUUAAAUAUGUUAUUAUCUGAAUAAUAAUUUCAUUGCUUCACUCUUGUCAAUGUAGCUUCCUACAAUAAUUAUUAUUAUUUAAGAAUACGCUGAAAAUUGCUAUCUCUUGUUUUUCUGUCUGUAUUUAAAGAUUAUUUUCAAAUUUAAUGUAUACUAGUAUAUCGUUUCUUUAUGUCACCUUCAGGUUUGAAUAAACCGCUUUG